UUUACAACUAAAGAAAACGCACCUUAAUUUAACUACUGUGGCUACCAGCUGAAGAAAAGAAAAGAAAAAAAAAAAGAAUGCUUUCCUCUGACUAAAUUUGAAUUCAUGGACUUUUCCUUGGACUAACUGUCAAAUCACACGGUUAUAAACUCACUCAUUCCGUACGAAAUAAUAGUUCCCCACUAUCUUUCCCUUUCAAAAUUCAAUGUCAAACGUUGAAACUCCACCACAUUUUAAAUCCGCAUGCAGAUGAAUAAAUAUAAAAUUAAUUAACCAACAAAUACUUCCAAAUCCUUUCACCUAUAAAUUACUAACCACAAAACACAAAUAAACAACACCUUCUCUUCAUCAAAACUCUAGCUAGCCUAGCCCCAUCACCUAAAAAGAAUAAAAUCACACACACACACAUCCACACAAGAAAAGAAAAGAAAAGAAAGCAUGCAACGCUCAAUAGCCAUGAACUUAGUGAACAAGAACCAAGUUAGAGCGAGAAUUGUGAGAGCGGGGUCGGCGUCGGCGUACGACGUGUUCAUCAACCACAGGGGGACGGACACGAAGCGGACGGUGGCGACGCUGUUGUACGACCAUCUUUUCCGGCAACGGAUCAGGCCGUUUUUGGACAACAAGAGCAUGAAGGCGGGCGACAAGCUGUUCGACAAAAUUGAUAAUGCGGUGGGCGGGUGCAAGAUCGGCGUGGCCGUCUUCUCGCCGCGCUACUGCGACUCCUACUUCUGCCUGCAUGAGCUGGCGCUCAUGAUGUCCCUCAAGAAGAAGGUCAUCCCCAUCUUCUGCGACGUCAAGCCGUCGCAGCUCAGCAUCGUCGACGACGGCACCAUGUCGCCGGAGGAUGUCAGGAGGUUCGCCUUGGCGUUGGAAGAGGCCAAGUACACCGUCGGCCUCGAGUUCGACUCCUAUAAAGGUAACUGGUCGGACGUGGUGAAAAAUGCAGCAAACAUUGUGAUAGACAGCCUGGCAGAAAUUGAAGACGAUGAGCGCCUCAUUCACAAUAACAAUUUCUCCUUUUACAAAACUCCACCUUUUGCUGCUCCAAAAUCUGCAUAACCUCACCAAUUCAGAAAUUCCUUUUAUUUGUUGAUUGGAUAGCAUUUAAGUUAUUUCAUUCUUUAAUUUCAAAAUAACGGAUUAACUAUGAUCCUCUAGUUUAAUUUAUUUAUUUAUUUAUUUUAAUGUUAACUAUGACAUUUCCUAUACCCAUUUUAUAUCUCAACCUUUAAAAUUUAUCAAAUGUAUCUCAAUCUUUUUAAUUUAUAUCAAUUUAUCAACGGAUCUGACGGUGCUGAAAUGAUGAUGUGGCGCGCCCGGGGAUGGCGUUUUAUUUCACAAAACAUAUCGAUUCAAUCGCUGAAGAAGAGUUCUGUUGGAAAAAUUAAUAUAAAUUGGAAAUGUUGGCAUAGAUUUGAUAAGUUUUAAAGAUUUAGAUAUAAUCGAUAAUAAAAUGGGUAAAGGUUGAGAUGAAUUCACACUUAACCGUUUAUACUUUACCUCACAAGUGCAAGUUAUUUCAUUCCUUUUAAUGUCCGCAUUUUCAUUUAUGUGUA